AUGUGGAAACAACUCUUAUUUGUAGCGUUUGCGGUUAACGCUUUUUUCUUCACAUGCGCUCAAGUUACAUGUGAUAGACCAAACGAACACUAUAAAUGUGGGUCUGCAUGUCAAACUACGUGUGAAAACUAUCUCUCUUUAUCUCUCUGCCCUGUAGUCAACGUAAGAUGUACUAACGCGUGCUACUGUGUAGAUGGAUUUGUCAGAAAUGACAGUGAUAUUUGUAUUCCUAUCUCGGAAUGUAAAGGAUCCUCUUCCCGAUGA